AUGGCUACAGGCAACAGUGGCAAGAUCACAGACUGGGUCAAUCCCAAUGACAAGUCCGGCGAGUUCAAGCGCCAGACAUCAGUUUUCCGCAACUGGAUCUCCAGAGAGCCUGGCGCUCAAUUCCCUCCAGAGAAGGGCCGUUAUCACCUCUACGUCUCUUACGCCUGUCCUUGGGCCCACCGGACUCUGAUCACGCGCAAGCUCAAGGGUCUUGAGGAUAUCAUCUCCUACACCUCCGUCCACUGGCAUCUAGGAGAAAAGGGCUGGCGCUUCGCGACCGCAGAAGAACAACAACCCGAGCAGAACGUCACCACCGACCCUCUACACGAGUACACUCACCUGCGCGAAAUCUACUUCUCCAAUGACCCCGACUACACCGGCCGCUUCACCGUUCCAGUCCUGUUCGACAAGAAAACCAACCGCAUCGUAAGCAACGAGAGCGCCGAAAUCAUCCGCAUGCUUUACUACGAAUUCGACGACCUCCUCCCGGAACCCUACAAAUCCGUCGACUUAUUCCCCUCCUCCCUCCGCACCGAGAUCGACUCCUCCAACGAAUGGAUCUACAACGACGUCAACAACGGCGUCUACAAGUCCGGCUUCGCCACCACACAAGAAGCAUAUGAAAAGGCCGUCACGACGCUAUUCUCCUCGCUCGACAAGAUCGAGGUUCAUCUGGCGGACUCGAAGAACGCGCCGUACUUCUUCGGCUCGGAAAUCACGGAGGCGGACAUUCGUCUGUUCACGACCAUCAUUCGCUUUGAUCCUGUCUAUGUGCAGCACUUCAAGUGCAAUAUUCGCGAUAUUCGGUCCGGGUAUCCUGCUAUCCAUCGCUGGAUGAGGAAGUUGUAUUGGGAUGUGCCGGCUUUUAAGGAGACGACGAACUUUGAGCAUAUCAAGUUCCAUUAUACGAAGAGUCAUAAGCAGAUUAAUCAGUUUGCGAUUACGCCAGUUGGGCCGCUGCCGGAUGUCUUGCCCAAGGAUGAGGAGGUCAGGGCAGUUAAGGGGGCUUAG